CAGGCGGGCGCGGAGGGAAAGCCGGAGUCGGGAGGCGACUUCUUCGUACGGCGCGGUGGUGCGCAGGCGCCGUGGCUGGACUGGGGACUUUGUUCUCCGCGGAGAAACCCAAGGGCGGUGCCGGUGACUGGCUGCGCACGCGCGCCGCCUCAUUUCCGGUGCUCUCUCUCGCUGGGUCGCUAGGGUCGGCUUCGGUCGCUGCCGCUCCCGCUCUCCCACCCCCGCCAACCGCCGCCCGGGCCUCCGCCGCUACCGCGUCGCUUUCUCACUCCUUCGAUCGCACAUCUUCCCCGAUGCAGCGCCGGGACGACCCCGCCGCGCGCAUGAGCCGGUCCUCGGGCCGCAGCGGCUCCAUGGACCCCUCAGGUGCCCACCCCUCGGUGCGUCAGACGCCGUCUCGGCAGCCGCCGCUGCCUCACCGGUCCCGGGGAGGCGGAGGGGGAUCCCGCGGGGGCGCCCGCGCUUCGCCCGCCACGCAGCCACCACCGCUGCUGCCGCCUUCGGCCACGGGUCCCGACGCGACAGUGGGCGGGCCAGCUCCGACCCCGCUGCUGCCCCCCUCAGCCACAGCCUCGGUCAAGAUGGAGCCGGAGAACAAGUACCUGCCCGAACUCAUGGCCGAGAAGGACUCACUCGACCCGUCCUUCACUCACGCCAUGCAGCUGCUGACGGCAGAAAUUGAAAAGAUUCAGAAAGGAGACUCAAAAAAGGAUGAUGAGGAGAAUUACUUGGAUUUAUUUUCUCAUAAGAACAUGAAACUGAAAGAACGAGUGCUGAUACCUGUCAAGCAGUAUCCCAAGUUCAAUUUUGUGGGGAAGAUUCUUGGACCGCAAGGGAAUACAAUCAAAAGACUACAGGAAGAGACUGGUGCAAAGAUCUCUGUGUUGGGAAAGGGCUCAAUGAGAGACAAAGCCAAGGAGGAAGAGCUGCGCAAAGGUGGAGACCCCAAAUAUGCCCACUUGAAUAUGGAUCUGCAUGUCUUCAUUGAAGUCUUUGGACCUCCAUGUGAGGCUUAUGCUCUUAUGGCCCAUGCCAUGGAGGAAGUCAAGAAAUUUCUGGUACCGGAUAUGAUGGAUGAUAUCUGCCAGGAGCAAUUUCUAGAGCUGUCCUACUUGAAUGGAGUACCUGAACCCUCUCGUGGACGUGGGGUGCCAGUGAGAGGCCGGGGAGCUGCACCUCCUCCACCACCUGUUCCCAGGGGCCGUGGUGUUGGACCACCUCGGGGGGCUUUGGUACGUGGUACACCAGUAAGGGGAGCCAUUACCAGAGGUGCCACUGUGACUCGAGGCGUGCCACCCCCACCUACUGUGAGGGGAGCUCCAGCACCAAGAGCACGGACAGCGGGCAUCCAGAGGAUACCUUUGCCUCCACCUCCUGCACCAGAAACAUAUGAAGAAUAUGGAUAUGAUGAUACAUAUGCAGAACAAAGUUACGAAGGCUAUGAAGGCUAUUAUAGCCAGAGUCAAGGGGACUCAGAAUAUUAUGACUAUGGACAUGGGGAGGUUCAAGAUUCUUAUGAAGCUUAUGGCCAGGACGACUGGAAUGGGACCAGGCCAUCACUGAAGGCCCCUCCAGCUAGGCCAGUGAAGGGAGCAUACAGAGAGCACCCAUAUGGACGUUAUUAAAAACAAACAUGAGGGGAAAAUAUCAAUUAUGAGCAAAGUUGUUACUGAUUUCUUGUAUCUCCCAGGAUUCCUGUUGCUUUACCCACAACAGACAAGUAAUUGUCUAAGUGUUUUUCUUCGUGAUACCCUUCUUCUCCCCACCUUAUUCCAUUCUUAACUCUGCAUUCUGGCUUCUGUAUGUAGUAUUUUAAAAUGAGUUAAAAUAGAUUUAGGAAUAUUGAAUUAAUUUUUUAAGUGUGUAGAUGCUUUUUUCUUUGUUGUUUAAAUAUAAACAGAAGUGUACCUUUUAUAAUAAAAAAAAGAAGUUGAGUAAAAAAACACACACAAACCUGUUAGUUUCGAAAGUGACAUUGCUUGCUUAAAGGUUCUGAAGUAAAGGCUUGUUAACUUUCUCUUAGUUUUGAUUUGAGGCAUCCCGUAAAGUUGUAGUUGCAGAAUCCCAAACUAGGCUACAUUUCAAAAUUCAGGGCUGUUUAAGAUUUAAAAUCACAAACGUUAACGGCAGUAGGCACCACCAUGUAAAAGUGAGCUCAGAUGUCUCUAAAAAAAUGUUUCCUUUAUAAAAGCACAUGGCGGUUGAAUCUUAAGGUUAAAUUUUAAUAUGAAAGAUCCUCAUGAAUUAAAUAGUUGAUGCAAUUUUUAACGUUAAUUGAUAUAAAACAACAACAACAACAAAAUUAGGCUUGUAAAACUGACUUUUUCAUUACGUGGGUUUUGAAAUCUAGCCCCAGACAUACUGUGUUGAGAGAUACUUAGGGGUGGGAGUAGGUUUUGAAGAGGUUGAUGGUGGUGGGAAGGUAGGCCUCCUGAAUUGAGUUUGAUGCAGAGCUUUUUAGCCAUGAAGAAUCUUUCAGUCACAGUACUAAUAAUUAAAAUUUCAGUAUUUAAAAAGACAAAGUAUUUUGUCCAUUUGAGAUUCUGCACUCCAUGAAAAGCUCACUUGGACGCUGGGGCCAAAAGCCGAUGAUUUUCUUAAGUUGACGGUUGUCAAUAUUGAACUGUUCCCAAGGUAGUCAAGUAUGUCUCAACACUAGCAUGAUAUAAAAAGGGACACUGCAGCUGAAUGAAAAAGGAAUCAAAAUCCACUUUGUACAUAAGUUAAAGUCCUAAUUGGAUUUGUACCGUCCUCCCAUUUUGUUCUCGGAAGAUUAAAUGCUACAUGUGUAAGUCUGCCUAAAUAGGUAGCUUAAACUUAUGUCAAAAUGUCUGCAGCAGUUUGUCAAUAAAGUUUAGUCCUUUUUUAAUCAAA